UCGUGACGUUCUCCAAACGUGACAAAGUGGGAAAAGAGGGGGGCCUGGCAUUUUCUUCUGUUCGUGGUCGCUCGCAGCCAUCAGUCCUGCGUCUUCUCGAUCGUCGUUCGGACGUAUUGUAAUAAUCGAUUGACCAACAUCGCUGUGAUCACCCUAUUCGCUGAAAUUCCGAGAAUGUGUCGAACUAUGUCGUUCCUCACGACAAUACUGCCGCUAUCGCUGACAAUCGGCAUGAUAUCAGCGCAGUGUUUAACGGGAAAUGAUAAUCCCGCGCUGAUGGACCCGGCGUCCAUGGUAUCACUGACGGACGCCCGUUUCGAUUUCGCGCUCGACAGCCUAAAGAAGGCCGCGUUGAUCGAGACGAAGGACAACCUCUUCUUCAGCCCACACAGCAUACACUAUGCCCUGAGCCUGGCGUAUUUCGGGGCCCGCGGUACUACCGAGGCUUCCCUCAAACAGGCCCUUCGUAUUCCCGAUCAGCUGUCUAAGGUCGACGUGCAACAUUAUUACAGCUUUGAGAGAUCGCUCAAUCAAGCGCGUUCCGAGAACGGGUCCACGGAUUACGAGUACAGAGUCGCCAACAAAUUUUGGAUCACGAAUUCCAGGAAGCUGCGCGAAUGCAUGUUCAACUUUUUCGGCGAUCAGUUGCAAAUGACCGAUUUCCGUACGAAUCCUGCCGAGGUGCGGAAUAGCAUCAACGAUUGGGUCAGCAACAUAACGAAAGGCCACAUCCGUGACCUCUUGCCGCCCAGCAGCAUCACCGAGGACACGGAUCUGGUUUUGGCGAACGCGGUUUAUUUUAAAGGCCUGUGGGCCCAGCGCUUCGAUCCCAAGAAUUCCGAACGCGAUAUUUUCUACGCUUCCGGCGCGCGAAACUCUAUCGUUACUUUUAUGCGCCUGAAGGGAAACUUUAAUCACGUCGUCUCGGAGGAGCUAGGCGUGUAUAUUUUGGAGCUACCUUACAAGGGCAACGAAAUAUCGAUGUUCGUGCUGCUGCCGCCGUUCUCCACCGCACGGACCCUUGUCCAGGAUUCGGAGCCGCAGGACGGCAUUCGUCAGUUGGUGGAACGACUGGCGACCGAGAAGGGUUCUCAGGAGCUCCGUGAGCUGCUGAACGACGGGAUGCCGCCACGGGAGGUCGAGGUGAACCUGCCGCGCUUCGAGCUCGAACGGGAGCUGCAGCUCGGUCAGCUGUUGCACGCCUUGGGCGCCGGAGAACUGCUGACACCCGGAGUGGCCGAUUUGCGCGGCUUCGUCGCCGACGGCGAGCCGAGCCCGCAUCUUGGCGAUGCCGUUCAUCGCGCCCGCAUCGAGGUCACCGAGGAAGGCACCACCGCGGCCGCAGCCACCGCGAUUUUCACCUUCCGCUCCAGCCGGCCCACCGAACCCGCCAUCUUCAACGCCAAUCAUCCGUUCGUCUACCUGAUCUACGACAAGCACGAUCGCACUAUCCUCUUUACCGGGAUUUUCCGUUCGCCAGCGCCCUCGCUGACCCCCCUUUAAACGAAGAGACCUUCUCGUCCCCGAAGGAUCGAGGAAAUCGGGCGAUUCAGGGAAUCGUCGCGUCAAGUCGAGAUGUCUUUUUUUUUUAUAGUCGAUUCAACUCAACUCUGGACAGAAGGACUUGUUUCAUUGUGGGUGACGUUGAGUGAUUUUUGUUAACGAUCGGAGAUCGUUUGGAUGUUUUGGUUGCUUCGAAAUAUCGCUAGCUUUCGAAUGUGCAAUCUUUCGAGGUAGAGGUCUUCUUUUACGAUAUUUUCCUCGAGAGGAGUCUGUUGCAUGAAUCUCAUUAAUUUAUUCUCGCAUUUAGAUUUUAUAUUUUACGACAUAUUCUACUAUGUACAGGUAAGCAAAAACGUAAAAUAAAAAAAAAAUCUAUAUAAAAUUAAAUCGAAAUCUACGUUAAUACAAUCUUCUAAUGAUAUAAUGAAUUUUGGUGUAAUCGAAGCUCGCGCUUAUUGACUAAAAAAUUAAUUCUACAAAUGUUCCUUUUCUCGAAUGUAAAAUUAUAUGGUGACGUAUCGAAUAGGUAGUCUAAAUAACCGAAGGAAACGUAAAAACAUUAAAAUUGCAUUGUGGAGAUUUAUGUAAUAAAAAAAAAAGAAAAUAAAAAUACAUUUAGAUAUAUGUAUAUAAUU